AUGGACCUCUGGGGCCCCUAUCCCAUCCGCUCCCGCCAGGGGCACCGCAGCAGCAGCCGGAGCAGCAGCAGCAGCAGCCGGGGCAGCAGCAGCAGCAGCCGGGAUGGCAGCAGCAGCAGCAGCCGGGGCAGCAGCAGCACCGGCAGCAGCAGCAGCAGCAGCAGCAGCAGCAGCAGCAGCAGCAGCAGCAGCAGCAGCAGCAGCAGCAGCAGCAGCAGCAGCAGCAGCAGCAGCAGCAGCAGCAGCAGCAGCAGCAGCAGCAGCAGCAGCAGCAGCAGCAGCAGCAGCAGCAGCAGCAGCAGCAGCAGCAGCAGCAGCAGCAGCAGCAGCAGCAGCAGCAGCAGCAGCAGCAGCAGCAGCAGCAGCAGCAGCAGCAGCAGCAGCAGCAGCAGCAGCAGCAGCAGCAGCAGCAGCAGCAGCAGCAGCAGCAGCAGCAGCAGCAGCAGCAGCAGCAGCAGCAGCAGCAGCAGCAGCAGCAGCAGCAGCAGCAGCAGCAGCAGCAGCAGCAGCAGCAGCAGCAGCAGCAGCAGCAGCAGCAGCAGCAGCAGCAGCAGCAGCAGCAGCAGCAGCAGCAGCAGCAGCAGCAGCAGCAGCAGCAGCAGCAGCAGCAGCAGCAGCAGCAGCAGCAGCAGCAGCAGCAGCAGCAGCAGCAGCAGCAGCAGCAGCAGCAGCAGCAGCAGCAGCAGCAGCAGCAGCAGCAGCAGCAGCAGCAGCAGCAGCAGCAGCAGCAGCAGCAGCAGCAGCAGCAGCAGCAGCAGCAGCAGCAGCAGCAGCAGCAGCAGCAGCAGCAGCAGCACAGCAGCAGCAGCAGCAGCAGCAGCAGCAGCAGCAGCAGCAGCAGCAGCAGCAGCAGCAGCAGCAGCAGCAGCAGCAGCAGCAGCAGCAGCAGCAGCAGCAGCAGCAGCAGCAGCAGCAGCAGCAGCAGCAGCAGCAGCAGCAGCAGCAGCAGCAGCAGCAGCAGCAGCAGCAGCAGCAGCAGCAGCAGCAGCAGCAGCAGCAGCAGCAGCAGCAGCAGCAGCAGCAGCAGCAGCAGCAGCAGCAGCAGCAGCAGCAGCAGCAGCAGCAGCAGCAGCAGCAGCAGCAGCAGCAGCAGCAGCAGCAGCAGCAGCAGCAGCAGCAGCAGCAGCAGCAGCAGCAGCAGCAGCAGCAGCAGCAGCAGCAGCAGCAGCAGCAGCAGCAGCAGCAGCAGCAGCAGCAGCAGCAGCAGCAGCAGCAGCAGCAGCAGCAGCAGCAGCAGCAGCAGCAGCAGCAGCAGCAGCAGCAGCAGCAGCAGCAGCAGCAGCAGCAGCAGCAGCAGCAGCAGCAGCAGCAGCAGCAGCAGCAGCAGCAGCAGCAGCAGCAGCAGCAGCAGCAGCAGCAGCAGCAGCAGCAGCAGCAGCAGCAGCAGCAGCAGCAGCAGCAGCAGCAGCAGCAGCAGCAGCAGCAGCAGCAGCAGCAGCAGCAGCAGCAGCAGCAGCAGCAGCAGCAGCAGCAGCAGCAGCAGCAGCAGCAGCAGCAGCAGCAGCAGCAGCAGCAGCAGCAGCAGCAGCAGCAGCAGCAGCAGCAGCAGCAGCAGCAGCAGCAGCAGCAGCAGCAGCAGCAGCAGCAGCAGCAGCAGCAGCAGCAGCAGCAGCAGCAGCAGCAGCAGCAGCAGCAGCAGCAGCAGCAGCAGCAGCAGCAGCAGCAGCAGCAGCAGCAGCAGCAGCAGCAGCAGCAGCAGCAGCAGCAGCAGCAGCAGCAGCAGCAGCAGCAGCAGCAGCAGCAGCAGCAGCAGCAGCAGCAGCAGCAGCAGCAGCAGCAGCAGCAGCAGCAGCAGCAGCAGCAGCAGCAGCAGCAGCAGCAGCAGCAGCAGCAGCAGCAGCAGCAGCAGCAGCAGCAGCAGCAGCAGCAGCAGCAGCAGCAGCAGCAGCAGCAGCAGCAGCAGCAGCAGCAGCAGCAGCAGCAGCAGCAGCAGCAGCAGCAGCAGCAGCAGCACAGCAGCAGCAGCAGCAGCAGCAGCAGCAGCAGCAGCAGCAGCAGCAGCAGCAGCAGCAGCAGCAGCAGCAGCAGCAGCAGCAGCAUCAGCAGCAGCAGCAGCAGCAGCAGCAGCAGCAGCAGCAGCAGCAGCAGCAGCAGCAGCAGCAGCAGCAUCAGCAGCAGCAGCAGCAGCAGCAGCAGCAGCAGCAGCAGCAGCAGCAGCAGCAGCAGCAGCAGCAGCAGCAGCAGCAGCAGCAGCAGCAGCAGCAGCAGCAGCAGCAGCAGCAGCAGCAGCAGCAGCAGCAGCAGCAGCAGCAGCAGCAGCAGCAGCAGCAGCAGCAGCAGCAGCAGCAGCAGCAGCAGCAGCAGCAGCAGCAGCAGCAGCAGCAGCAGCAGCAGCAGCAGCAGCAGCAGCAGCAGCAGCAGCAGCAGCAGCAGCAGCAGCAGCAGCAGCAGCAGCAGCAGCAUCAGCAGCAGCAGCAGCAGCAGCAGCAGGGCAGCAACCCCAUCAUCCGCAGCGUCAGCGCGCCACCUCCCGCUCCUCCCCCUUUCUCCUUCCCCGCAUGCACACCCGUUGUGAGGUCAGCAGCAGGAGGUAAAUCGGCAGCACAUCCUGAGAAGCAUCCGGCCAAGAAGAAGGCUUCGCGGGGAAAGGAGCAAGAGGAAAGGGCGGGCACAGGCAAGGAAAAGGUCAAAGUGGGCAUGAAAACGGGUGGUGAUGAUGAAGAAUGCGUGGGGCUGGAAGUGAGGGAGGAGGGAGGCAGCCGGGGGAGCGGGGAGGAGGGUGGGCUGGAGCUACAGCCGGUGCUGGAGGAGAUGCCCAAGUGGAAGGUGCUGCGGGGGUCAACGGAGGGCCACAAGUUUGAGGCGAGCGUGCGGAGGGAGAACGGGGCGUUCGAGCAGCUGAUCAGACACAAGGCCAUUAUGACCAUCCCUGCGGAGCAGGACGGCAGGUCUGCCAUCGACCAAGCCCACAUGACCCUGCCACCACCGCCCCUGUCCCACCCCGCUGCUGCGAAUGCCAUCACGAGGAGAGGCGGAGGGCGGAGAGCAGCAGAGCGACAAGAGAUGAGGGUGGUGGUGGACAUGAGAGAAUUCAACAGCAGUCUGCCCUGCGUGCUGCACCAGCGGGGCAUCAAGAUCCUCCCAGUGACCCUUGAACUGGGCGUCUACAUUCUCUCCCCGCACAUCUGUGUGGAGCGCAAGAGCGUCUCAUUGCAUCCUUCUUUCUUCAUCCCCAUCUUGUAUUCGCAUCCCUCUCCAACAGGUGGUGGUGGACAUGAGGGAGUUCAACAGCAGUCUGCCCUCGCAAGAGCGUCUCACUUGGUCCUUCUUUCCAUGCCGUUUGCACUUGCGUCCCUCCCCAAGCAGGUGGUGGUGGACAUGAGGGAGUUCAAUAGCAGUCUGCCCUGCGUGCUGCACCAACGGGGGAUUAAAAUUCUCCCAGUCACUCUAGAGGUCGGCGACUACAUUCUCUCGCCGGACAUCUGUGUGGAGCGAAAGAGCGUCAGCGACCUCUUUGCUUCCUUUGCUUCGGGGCGCCUGCACCACCAGGCUGAGACCAUGUGCCGCUACUACAGGCUGCCGGUGUUGCUCAUAGAAUUCUCCAGCGACAAAAGCUUCUCCCUACAGUCAGCGAGUGACAUCAGCGAUGACAUCACCCCAUCCAGCAUCAUAUCCAAGAUGUCGCUGCUCGCGCUGCACUUCCCGCGCCUCCGCAUCGUGUGGUCCAGAUCGCUCCACGCGACUGCUGAGAUCUUCGCAUCGCUGAAGACCAAUCAGGAUGAGCCAAGUGUCGACCAGGCUAUGAGGGUCGGCGUUCCCACAGAGGAUGGGCUGGUGGAGGGCGACACGAGGUAG